AUGACUACAGCCCACAGACCCACGUUCGACCCGGCUCGGGGCAAGGAAGCCCUCCGCGGGCCCGCCUACCACCAGCGCCUGCUGCCAGCCUACACGCAGCUCAAGUUCCGGCAAUCAGGACAGGGCGGAGACGCCGACCGCGAGGUGCGCGACCUGCGCGCCGAGCUGCUCGCGGCCGAGGCCACCCACUUUGCUAAGAUCAAGGGCGACCUCGCCGGCGCCGGAGAAGACGAGUCCGCUUCCGCUUCCGCGACACAACCCAAGCUGCUGGGCGGCGCGGCAUCGGGCGACGGCGACACGGUCAUGGAGGACUCCGAGUCCAAGCUCGUGCAGAUCCUCGAGGAGACGCGGGACAUGGACGCGGACGACUCAGACGAGGCGGGAGACGGCAGUGACGGUUCUGACGACGGCGGCGGCAGCGACGACAGCGACGACGAUAGCAGCGACGACGACGACGACGCGGAGCUGCAGCGCGAGCUAGACCGUAUCAGGCGCGAGCGGACAGAGAAGCGCGAGAAAGAGGAGCGAGAACGCGCCGCGGCCGAGGAGGAAGUGCGCGAGCGAGACAUUGCGCUCGGCAACCCGCUGCUGAACAAGACCGACUUCAGCAUCAAGCGGCGGUGGGACGACGACGUCGUCUUCAAGAACCAGGCGCGCGGCACCGAGGACAAGGGCAAGAAGAAGGAGUUUGUCAACGAUCUGCUCCGUUCAGACUUCCACCGGAGGUUCAUGGGCAAGUACGUCCGCUGA